AGCAGCGUGGACGCAGGACGCGCCGCUCCAGCCUCACACCCCGUGCCAGGCCUCCCUCUCUCUCCCUCUCUCCCUCUCUCUCUCUCUCUUCAUAUAGGGACUUUUCGUUUUUUUCUUCUUCUGGCGCAUCCGGGCCUGACCCCAGUCCACUGUGUGGCGAGCAGAGACAGAGACAGAGACAGAACCACAGGCUGUAGGAUUGUUUCCCUCACUUCUUCUCCUGAGCAGCGCUGGUUCAUGGAGUCUUUGUGGAAGACACCUUUUGGCGUCACAGCAGCGAGAUCUGGAGCCACAUCCUUGAACCAUCACAACAAAGUUACAACAUGAUGAACAGCCAGGCCAUACAUACCCUCGUGGGCCCAGCGUUUCAAAGCAAGAUGCCUUUAUUCGACGGGACAACAGCAGCCACAGUUCUGUCAAAGCCACAACAUAUGCCCGGCUUCCUGGAUAAGCAGACGCUGCAGUACAGCGGGGCUUACUUAACUUACGACCCCAGAGGGAAGGACGAAGCAGGAUUCCCUCCACCUUGGAGCACCUCAAAGACCUCGCUGCUGGAUGGCCGAAGUCCUAUGAGUCACCUCUCUGGCAUGGAGGGACAAAACCACAUAUUUUACAGGCAAGACAGCAGUUCUCCAGAGGAACACCAUUCUCAUGCUUCCUCCCUGUGCCACAGCCCAGCUAGACAGGGCUUUACCUUAUACACUAAAAGUCCGGAGAUGGGCAGCCCCACAGCUGCUCUGAGGAGACCAAAAAGCGGAGGUGAGAAUUCAUCUCCUCCAUCCGAAAACUCUGUUUACCUAGCAAUCCCGAAGCCGGUUUACAGACAUACACCCUGCUGUAACGAGCUGGGCUGCAUGAUCGGGCACCGAUACAGCGUGGAGCACGGCUCUCCGAGGAUACCAAACCCUGUAUACAAGCACGACUGGAUGCAAAGUGAUGCUCACUACGCUGAAAGACCGGCUGUCCAGAGAAAGACACAAGAAGUGCUGCUGCAGCAGAGAGGCUUACAGUUUGAUCCCAGUGCUGAGCAACUGAAGAGGAUCAGUGUGGAGACGUACAGUCCAAGUGCGGGGAGGACAUUGCCUGCUGGGAUUGACCCCAACUACGGCAGUUACCCCUGCACCCCGACUCGCACUCUAUUUGGUUCUUUAAGCGAGCAGAGCCAACGGUUACAGUCUUCCCCUAGAGGCUACCCCAGCCAAUACCCCUCCCAUCCUCCAUACGAGCAUAUGACCUCAGAGGUUUAUCAGGAACGCUCUCCCAUGUCCAAAUAUGGUCAGAUAACACAUCACCCAGUGUUUUACUACCCCCACGCAAAUGAGGAGGUACAAAACAGCACACGGUGUAAAAACAUGGGCAGUAAGCAGAGAGAUGUCCCUGUUAUUCUUAAACACACAAGCUCGAUCCCCAGGGAGCAUUACAUCGUGCCUCAGUCACUUAACGGUGAAAUUCCUUUGCCUAGCACUGAAACAUUACCAAAUCAUUCCUUCAUGCAGGGCUUCGACUAUCCGUGUUAUGCAGUCCCUAGAUUUAAUGUAAACGCAAGCCAUAUCAGAGGGCCCCAAAAAAGGCCACAUGCAUCGCCUAGUUUUCACAGUAAUGGCAUAAAUCUUUCCCCAACCAGACAAUAUAUGAAUCACCCCUUAACCUCUGCAGCCAACCCACAUAAGGACAGUCCCAACCGCAGCCUGCACGUCGCCCAGUCACAAAUUCACUCGCCGUACCGUGGCAUGGAUCUAACCAGUCCCACCAGAUGUCGGAGCCAGCUUGGCCUCUCGCUUCCCAUGAUAAAUGUGAACAGAGCUUUCCCCUCGCUCUCCAGCUGGCACAUGGACCCACACCUCCUUUCACCUGGUGGCUUGAAAAGACUCAUGGACUCCUGCGAAGCCCAGGCGACGCAGCAUCCUGUAUCCACGGCGACAUGGCUGCCCCAGUCUCCCAGUCACAGCGCUGAUCGCAUCCAAGCAGCUGUAACCAGUAAUGCCAAUGUCAGACAAAUUAUUUAUUCCCCUGCUAAUGCAGCAGGAGGUAAGGACAACGCCCCCACGUCUACUUCAGGAACCUCGGUUCUUAAAGGUCACCUGAAAAGAAGCAUUUCUCACCCAUCGCCACCUGUCAGAAUAAAAGAAGAGGGAAGGGAUUUAUGUGAAGUGGGACUCAUGAAGAAACGUCAAAGGGUGGAAAUGGAGAACGUACAAGCAGGAAAUAAAACUCCCUCUCCUCCGAUGCCUGUCAUUGACACCGUCUUCAGCCUGGCACCGUACCAAGCGUACCUGCAUGUCUCGAAAGUGCUAUUUCCUGUGAGAAGCGUCCAGUCCUCCGAGCCCAAGGCAGACUUCAAAGCAAAAAAGUCAGAUGGAGACGAACAGCGGCUUGUUGUCUGUCCCACUCCCAAAAAAAUCUGUCCAGAUCCACCUAAAAGGAAGCCAGUUGUUGAAACCUUUGAACAGAAAGAUAUUAAAGUGGAACAGGUCGAUCCAUCGUACACAGUCGAGUUUCCUGUUUGUCAGAAGGACUGCAUCAAAGUAACAAUCAAACAAGAAGCGGAAGAGGCCGAUUCUUCUUCUGACUGUGGGCACAUGUUGGUGAUAAAGAAAUGUGAACCAGAUGAACCCAAAAUUGAAGCCUCGGUUGCAGAUGAAGACGAGACUUCGGAUGAGUCAAAAACCGUUGAGUUGAGUCGACCGGCGAGAUCGUUUUCUGAUGGUGAUGCAAGCACGCUGAAGGAGCAGGUGUCCACUCUUCCAUCCGAAUCCACUACUCCCCCUCAGCCACCUGAGAGCAAGCUCAAUUUCAAAAACAUUCCUCCCCAGUGUUUAAAACUUUCCAGCUACAGAAUCAUUCUCCCUGAUAUGAAACAUUCCAGCCCUGCUCCACCACCACCACCUGAGAAACCAGAAGCUGAAAUGAUUCCAAAACAAGUGCCAGUCCGCAAGCGUUUCUUUGAGUUACACAACUCCCUCUGCAAGCUAAUAUCAAAAUCUGUGUCAGCCUCUUCAGAACAGGAUCUCAGAACCUGGUUGACCCAGUUGCAGCUGACGGAGCCCGCAGCCACUUCUACCAAAGUCCAGAAAGUGUCGUGUCUGUUGGGUGCGAGAGCCCGAGAGGUGUGGCUCAACGAGGAGAUGAAGUCAGCUCUCCACGAGGUCCUGGAGAGGCUGAAGGAGUACACCUCCCAGGAGCUCUGUCCCUUUCCGCACGUCAUGCGGACGGGGGCGGUGUUCCUGCCCAUGCUGGUGAUGAAGGAGCUGCUGUUCCCGAUGGUCCAGGUCAGCUUCAUCGACCAGGUCAUGCACGAGCACAAAGUGGCUCUUCGGCCCACAACGCUAUCCGAAGAGAAGAUCCUCAUCCAGCUUCACAAACGGGCCUGCUCCUCCCGCCUCAGGAGGCUGAUGUCCCUCAAACACUUGCCCGACAUCUACGCCGACGUGGUCAACCUCUUGUAUUACGCUUGUGUCUGCAAACACCUGGAAUCCACUUCACCUGACGUCCAAAAGAGAGUCCAGGAUUAGAUGUGGACGAUCCUGCUAACGGGGAGAAAGACGACAGUAGUGAGGAGGCCCCAGAGUUCUCAGACAUCAGCACUUCACCGGCCUCACCCCCAGAGUCACGCCAACUGAGCAGCCCAAAGGACGUGGAAGUGAAACCAGAUUUGAACCCUAACACAACAAAAAGCAGGGUAAAGAGCAGCUCCAGGCGCAGGUUUCUGGACAACAGUUUUUCCGAUGAGGAAGAAGCAAGCGACUCAGUAAAGAAUGUAAUAGAAGAAUGCAAAAAAAACUUGAGAGCCAGUCAGUCUGAAGCGAGUAAGGACAGAGGAAGUGACGCCGAGGUUGCAGAGCCGGAUUCUUCACUAAUUCCACUGAGUCCACCAUCUGAGAAUUCAUGGAUGUGUCCUUUAACCUUGGACGAGCUUUCUAAGUCUCCCACUGACACGGAAACGGAGCAAUACUCCGUUCCACAGCCUGCUCAUCAGUCUUUAGUACCAGCCAAGGCUCAGGUUAGAUCUAAGACUUGCUCAGGCGUGGUUCUCAAACUAAGAAGGAUGUUUAGCGAAGGUCUCAACAGAAAAAAGGCUCACUACCAAGCGGUGUCAGACUCUGGGACAUAUGAUAAUCCUUCCCUCUCCAAAAGCCAGGGUUUGGAGGGAGACGAGAGGACGCACCAAGUGACCCACAAGUCGAGGAGAACUGGUGGCUUCGCUCACGCCAUAAGACCCCUCAGCAGCUCUUCCAAAAGAAAACACCGAUCCCUCCUGAAGAUCAAAUACUGUCCCUACUUGUCUGCCUGCCACAGCGCUGAGCACAGGAGGCGAUGGGUGCUGCGUUCGGCCGUGCACAGGGCUAAUAAGGCCCUGAGGAUCUACUACCCCGACCUGGUGGGAAAGAGAAUCCACCAUCUGUAUGAAGAAGACGACAAAUCCGAAGUGUGGUAUAGUGGAGAGGUGCUGCGUGUCCAUGAGGCCAACACGAACCCUUUAAAGACUUUAUUUGAGGUCAGGUAUGACAGCGAGCCAGAGUGGAAGUACUUCUUAGAACUGCUGAUAGACUAUAAAAAAGGCUGGUUAAAAAUUGAUGACUAGUUCUGUCAUACAAAUGUCACUGUGCCCGUUUUGUUUUGGUGAUUGUGCAGAUUGAAAUGGGUUUGCUCGCUGAUAAGCCUUAAAUUAUCUUCCUUAUUGGCCUCCUGAAUAAUGGCAGGUCAGCUAGGUCACUUUUGAGUCACAGGGCACAUUCUUCUUUAAAGACGUACUUAGCAUCAUGUUGCUAAACUCUUAUCAUUGACUCAUCCGGUGACUCUGGUUUAUUCACCGAUAAGUUUCUCACAAAGGACAGCAGCCAUAAAGAAAAAAACAAAAAAACGCAUCCUUAUUCCAAAAAUAUAUGUAAAAAAGCAUAUGUGAAGUUCUGCAUACGACUCAAGUCAUAGAUACUAAGCAAAAAAGUAGUAUCUCCCUUUAUGUGCUACUGCAACAGAAACCAGCAAAUUCACUGUCAGACAGUGCGAGCCACCAUGUGUUUAUGGGUUCACAGUAAUAGUGCCAGUGAUGAAUGUCGUGAUAGCAGACGGCUUUUGUUUUUUAACCCUGAUGAUUGUGGUUGUGCGUUACUGAGGCUGGACGGACUUUUAGAUAUUCUGUACUGAUCUGCUCAAGUUGUCUUUGUUGACACGCAGGCUGCUGAGAUGUUAUGUCGCAGUGUUCUUAAUCACUGUGAACCUGAAGUCUUCACUUCAUUGUAUUUUAUUUUGAAUUUUUGUAUCAUUUUAUAAGACUUGUGCAGACUGAAUUGUUAUAUUUCUUUCACUGUUGUGAUAAAUAAAUGGAGUGAUUCCAUGUUAUCUCUCUGACAUGGCUUCUCACAAAUACACAUUU